CUCCAAGCAAAAUUGAGUGUUUUCAUAAGGUACACUAGCUACAGGUUAUCACAUCCCUGAAACCAAGAUGGAUGGUCCAUUUGCAAAGCUUAUCGAACGUUCAGCUGAGAAAGGCAAUUUGAUAUACCCUGGUGUGUUGUUGGCCAAGUCCCUUCCAGUCGAGGAGGUGCUGUCUUUUAUCGAUGGGCAGUACAAGUUAGCCAUUGCAGCCCAUGAUGAACUAUGGAUUGAAUGCCUGCAGGAGCAUUUAGUCGACCAUAUGGCUCACAAUCUGCUCAUUUCAAGGUAUCCACACCCGAAUCCUUCAAAGAAUGUGCUUCCCAAGGAACACUUCCCAGACUUACUCUUCUUCGACCCGGGUAAAGUCAUGUGGGAUCCUGUGUUAAGUCGACAACAUCGUCGCUCUGCUGACCUCCUCUCCACUAAUGCGGAGUUCAGGAAAAAAGCAUCUAGAAUAAGACCUGAGCAACGGAGGCCGCCAACAAGCAGCAAGGGGGAAGAGAGUAAGGAGACUAAAGUGCUUCCAGGUUCAGCCCCUCCCCUGACACCCUCCCCUGAUAGCACUGUUAAUGUCAAGGAGUGCAAAGAUGCCACGCCUCUGGACGCACCAACUUCUACUAAAAAGCGUAAGGCUAAAAAAAGAAACUGCCCAAUAACAGGGUGUAAUGCUCGAUUUACAGGGUCUGUUAGGAAACACAUAUAUGACCACAUGCCUGUCUGUCUGCGUCCUUCAAGUGAGACAUAUACUUCCAUCCGAGCUUAUUCUCAGGCAAGAUGCCUUCAUUAUUUUGCAAAGCAUAUCCUUCAAAGAGACAAUCUGCCUGAGCUGGUGUCCUGGUUAAAUGCCAAGGCUGAAGGAGCUGACUAUCAGUGGAACCUGCCAGAAGAUCUUCGUUUUGAAAUGGAGAACCUGGCCCGACAUAUGGAAUGGCCAAUAACUGAUACAAUUAAAGUUGGUCCUGCCAACCAUCCUGCCUCAUUGCUUCACUGGAGGGCUUUGGCAUUGCUAAGGAACGGUCUUCCUGAAAAUACUUUGAAAGGAUUUGAGUUGAUAUCAAGUUUAGGAAUUGAAACAAACCAGGUGAAGAAUAAUUCAGCUGGUUCCACACAGCCAGAGAUGACUGCUUUGAACAUGCAAACUCGUGCAAAUACAGCAAGUUCCCAAGUAAGAGACAUUUGUGCAGCUGCAACUGUCGAGUAUUUAACCACCACUACAAAGGAUUUAACCACUACUACAAAGGAUUCAACCACUACUGCACCAUCAGGUUCCUUACAUAUACAGCCAUCUCAACCUGCCAUGAUUCCAUCCCCGGCUAGGCCACCUGGUCCCUUGCAGGUCCUCCCUGCCCUAGUUGCUAAUUUGCUAACCUCUGUUGCUGCAGGCUCCUUACAGAUGCGCUCUACGCAAAUUUCCAUGUUUCCAAGGCCUGCUGUGCCAUCGUGUAACUCACAGAUACAACCUACCGAAGUAGCCAGAAAUAUAUCAUCCGCCAGGCCAUCAGGUUCCUCACAUAUACACUUUGCCCAAGGAACCACAAUUCCAGUGCCUGCUAGGUCAUCAGGUUCUUUCCCGAUUCCUCCUGUACAAGUAUCCACAAUUCCAACCCUAGCUGUGCCAUCAGGUAACUUUCAGAUGCGCCCUGCCCUAGGAGCCACAAUUCCAACCCUAGCUGUGUCAUCAGGUAAAUUCGAGAUGGGCCCUGCCCUAGGAGCCACGAUUCCAAUGCCCAAUUGGCCAUCAAGUUCCUCACUGAUACCUCCUGUCCAAAUGGCCACUCCAACUUCUGUUGCAUUAUCAGGUUCUGUUCCGAUACCCCUUUCUCAACUAGCCACAAUUCCACCCCCUGUUGUGGCAUCAGGUUCUUUACCAAUGCGCCCUUCCCAAGUUGACAAGAUUCCAACUCCUGUAGCGGCAUCCGGUUCCUUACAGAUACUUCCUUCCCAAGGAGCAGAGAUUCCAGUACCAACUAGCACAUUAGACUUCGCCCCACCUUCAUCAAAGGUCCCAAAGCUUUAUGGUUCGAAAAGUUUAUUCCAAACUUCCCCAACUCGGGGUUCUGUGGUUCCAAGCCUUUCUGGGGCACCGGGAUCCUUACAAAGUCCCCAAGCCCCAACUUUGAAAGCACCAAAAUCUGCUGAGCCAUCAGAAUCCUUACCAUACACAACCUCACCUUCCAUGGCUCCAAAUUCCACAAUGGGAUCAGGUUCCAUACAGGUACAUCCAGUUUUGUUACAGCGAACCACUGUGCCUACUUCCAAUGCUCCAUCCCUUUCUGAGAUACCAGACUCCUUACAGAUAUCAUUGGCUGCAGCGUCCAAAUUGUCAACCUCUUCUGGAACUGGGAUGUCAGGUUUGUCCCAAGUUGCCAAGGGUCCGUUUCCUGAAAAAGCAUCAGGCUCCUUUAAGACUGGUCAGCUUGCACCAAUCCAGGUUGAGAUCAAAGCAGGGGAAUCAUGUUUUGUGAGGAAUAACAUAAGAGACGUUGUGCAGGAGCCACUCCUCUCUUCUAAGACGAUGCCCUCUACUGUGGAUAUAACUCAAAAUAGUUCAAGAGAUACUUCUAAUGCAGAUAUUAGUGUCCCACUGAAGGCAUAUGAUAGUCAUUUUCAUUUGGACCAUUUAGAGCAAGAAACAGGAAAGCAGGGACAUGAUGCCAUAGCAGCAGUCACAGGCCGGAGACCCAGGGUCAAUAUUGAGCUUUGUGGUGGAGUUCUCAACUACAGUGACCCCGCUUACUUCAAUCAAAUACACUUUCCAACAAAAUCAUCUUUCAGGAUAGCAGUUGGGAUUCACCCAUGCCAUGCUUUUUGUGUAAGUGAAACAGACAUGAGCCAACUACGCAAUCACCUCUGUGACCUACAGGUGUGUGCUGUGAGUGAAGUUGGAUUGGAUUUCUCUUGCCCCAGAGUCCAAUGGAAUUGCCAAAAGGUGUUGCUACGUAUCAUUCUUGAGAUGGGGGUUGCAGGAAGGGUGCUGAUCCUACGCUUGCGUGCUGACGAAAUCAACCCUGCAGCAGAGAGGCCGUCCAAGGAGUGCAUGAAGAUCAUGUCAGAGUGUAAAGUGAGCCGUCACCAGCGAAUCCACCUUCACCUUUGUGACCUCAACAGUGAAGAGGUGGCUCUUUGGAAGCAAAGUUACCCAGAGUGUUAUUUUGGAUUUAGCAGCUCAUCAGAACAUUUUGGGUUGUCCCAACAAGAAGCUUUGAAACUUGUUCCACAUAAUCGUCUUCUACUUGAGUCUAAUGCUCCUUUCCUUCCAAUUGACUUAGCUGCCAAGUCAAAUUCCCCUGCUUACAUUGGAGAAAUUGCUCAGGUGCUCGCAGAAUAUCAACACCGCAACCUUGAAUCUGUUCUCAGGAGCACUACUGACAAUGCAAUUUGCUUGUAUGGCCCCUGGCGGCAUUAA